GCUCUGGUUCUGUUACUGGCAGUCUGUGCCAGCCAGUUUAAUCUCCAUGAGGCUGUGGUAGUUAUUGGUUCUGGAGAGUUUGACCACCACACGUGUCCCAUGAUCGUUUGUGGAACCGUGAGUUCACGGAUGAGGGUGUCCUUCAACAAUUCGCUGUUCUCCAUCUGCUCUGAAGUUGGUCCACACUGCCUCUCGUUGGUGGACCCACAGGAUGACCGUGUUUCUGCAGAGGUUCUGUUUGAGGACACCAACCCUGGAUCAGUGAUUAACCAGGCUAUACCCAGCUUCAACAAAACCUCUCACUGCAAGAUUAAACUUGAGCUGCAGGAUGAAGCCCUGAGAACUCAUGUGGUGAUUGUACUGUACAACUAUGGAGAAAAGUCAGCAAUUCAGGUCAUUGCAACAAGUGACUUCAGCUCAUCUACGCUGGUACUACUGCAUGAAGUAAAUAAUGUCCCAGUUCAUUCAAGGUCUCUUGACUUGGCUGACACGGACCGGCAGAAUGGAGUCAUUUUCAGAGUGAGCACCUGCCAAUUUGCAAGAUGGACACAAUGUAGUCUGGCCAAUGUAACUUCAAGCUAAGAAUCAGCGUUGGAGAAAUGUGUCUUAGAUGUGCAAAACUAGUAGAGCCACUAAACUCAUUCUGGCCUGAGUGAGAUUCUUAAGUCUCACUAAGCCCACUACAUCGCUAGUGAACACGACAGUUUUAAAACUUCUGCCCUGCAGUGCAAAAGUCACUAUUUAAUGAGAUUUGUUGUUAAUACCUCAGACCUGGACCUGGCUAGCUUUGUUCAUCACAGUGGUGCUUCAAUAGACCAAACUUUCAUCUGAUGCUCAAAGGGUUAAAGUAAAAGGCAGAAUGAAUGCUAUUAAGCUUUUCUGGCUUCCCCAAAUGCUUAAAAAUCCCAUGUGAAUGAACAAGUUUUGAAUUGGGCUGCAGUAUUUCUCUAAUCCAAUGGCAAGCUGACAAGUGUAUCACAAAUGGUCUUUAUUUUAAAUGGCGACUUCAGUUAGUUUCUGUAGCCGACAAA